AUGGACUUCGACAUCGGAACAGAACUGCUAAUCCAAUCUCCUGGAAACAUAUGGACACCAGCUUUUGUAGAAGAGGACGAUGGUGAUGAAAUAUUUAUAUGUUAUAAAGAAGGUAAUGGAGCAAAUGAAUGGAUUAACAAAGACAGUCAUAGAAUUAAACCUAUGACUGAAGAAUGGGAUGACAAAUUGAUAAAAAUUCCUACCCAUUCUGAAAAUAUCUUACCUGACAUAAAACCAAUAAUUCCUAAUGUUCCACCAUCUGAAAAAGAAAUUUCAAAAAAAUCUACUACAAGUGCACGAUCAUCUAGUAUAUUUAAAGUGAAGUUUAAAAAAGAUGAUUUUUUGACAAAAAAAACUCAAGAUUCUAAACAUAAAGAACAAAAAAUAAUAAAGGAUGCUAAGAAAUCAGAUCGUGAGUCAAAACAACUUUUAUUGUGUGGCCCUCCUAGUAACGAAAAACAUUCUACCAGCACAAUAUUAAAACAAUCACACAUUAUAGAAAAUUCAGGAAUGGAAGUUAUAAAAGUUGCAGAAAGUAUUAAUUCUUCAAAAACCCCGAACGAUUUGAUAGAAACCAAUUUAUUGAGAUCCGAAAAUUUUGAAGAACUAUUGGAAGAUAUUGAAGCAGAGGCAGAAAUAUGUUCCCCAACAAAAUCUAUUUCUCGUAGUGAUAUAAAACAAAAGAAAAGAAAGAAAAAACCAUUUGGUAUAAAAAGACGAUCUGAUAAAAAAAAAUCAAAAUCAAAGAGAAGUGAAAGUAAAAAAAAAAAAUUAGUUGUUAAAUUAAAUUCAAAUAAUGUUAAAACCAAAGUUAGUACGACAGUGCCAGAUAACAGCACAUUGAGUUAUACAGAUGAUACAGCAACAUCACCACCAUCUUCAAAAAAAAUGAAACCAUCUAUUCCUGAAAUUAGCUCACAAGAAAAUUCAAUACCUCAAAUCUGUUCAAUACCUCAAAGUUGUUCAAUACCUCAAAGCUGUUCAAUACCUCAAAGCUGUUCCCCAUUAUUCCAAGAACUAGCUAACAAUACUCUACUACAAAAAAUAAGAAUGGAAGCUUCCAAUGAACAAGGGUUAAGAUGUCCAAAACAAGAAUGUCGAAAACUUUUUCGAAAAGAAAAUUUGUUAAUGAUGCACAUUAAACACUAUCAUUCCGAAUACACUGAAUUUUUGGUGUCUACUCCAAAUGUAACAGAUCUCGCAACAGCAAGAAUCGAAGGUGAAAAUAUUGAUGAAUUAUCUCCGUCAUAUUUUCUUCAUAAAAUAUCUCAAUUGGAAGCUAAAAGAAGCUGGGGGGGCAAUACGUCUUAUGAAACACCUUCACCAAGCAUAAUUUCUUCAUCAUUAAAAUUGACUGAACAGGAAAUUUGUAGUAAUACCUCUCUCAAUUCUGAAAAUUAUAACACAUCUUUCACAUCCAAUGACCAACCAAACAAUAUAACUCAAGCUUACGAUUCUAAGGAUUCUGGAUUUUCCGGUAUAGUAGAAUCAUUCAGCUCAAUAACCGAGACACCAGUUAAAGAAUAUGCUCAAAUAAAAGAAGCUAUUAGAAAUAUAACGUUAGUGGAUGAUUUUGAAAAUGAAACUAGAGACAGUUAUGAUAUGAUAAGUAUAGGAGGCUCAGACCGGCAUUUUAAAAUUAAAAAAAAUAAAUCUGAAGUUGAAACUUUACCAAAAGAAGAGGUGAUCAAUUGUUCAUGUGCUUCAAAUCAAGAAGACGGUUUAAUGAUUCAAUGUGAUGUUUGCUUAUGCUGGCAACAUGGUUAUUGUAACAAAAUCGAAUCUGAAGAUCAAGUACCCGACCACUAUACUUGUAUUAGUUGUUUAAAUCCUUUGAAGCAAAGACGAUCAAAACAAUAUGAUUAUUCACAAGAUUGGAUUAAAGAAGGAACAUUAGCCAGUGUCUUACAACAUAAAGAUGAGCGACGGAGAAAAGAUGAAGCUAUUUUAAAACAAUCUCAUCAGUUAGUAGCUGAGGUCUUAGAACACAGUAAUUAUUUGCACAGUUUACGAGUUAAAACUACAGUUUAUGGUCAAACCCCUGAUCAUCCUAAACUUUAUUUGUGGUCUGAACAAGGUUUAACAAGAAAUGAAGAACCUAUUCAUGAUAAGCUUGAAGAAUUGCUUUCUGGUCCAGUACCUGAAAAACCAAUCAAUAUUUCUGACUGUAGACAAAAUUUACUGGAUGAAAUUGAAGAUGGCUUUGACAAUUUAGAAGCCAGAAUCAAUUUAUUUGAAGCCAAAACUAAUGGACUUGAAGAUCAAGUUAAUGGCUGCGUAGAUAAUGAAGUCUUAACAAAUACCGUUACUUUGUUGCUACGAGACUUAAGUUCAAUCAACCAUCAUAUGUCAUUUGAAAACAAUAACAAUAACAAAGAAGAAGAAACCGUUUAA